AUUAUUAAUUAAAUUUUAAGAAUAUAAAAUUAAAUAUAGAAGAAUGGAAAUAAAAAAUAACGGCCCAUCAGACAUAGCAAACACAAAAGAAAAAGAAAAAAGAACAAAAAGAAAAGGAAACCUGAAAAUCUUAUAAAGAUGGCCACACCAAAACAGAACAGAAACCAGACGAAGACAAAAGAACUGGUUUUCUAUGACCUGAUAAGAAGCAAUUACACCACAUAUACAUACUACAGAAAAGCAACAGCAGAGGUAAAAGAAACUUAUAAAAUUAAACUUAACUCAUCUAACAAAAUUCAAUUAUAUAAAACAAAUAAUUAUGAUAAUUGCUAUAAAAUCUAAAUAUUAAAAUUUAUAAAAUGACAUCAAUGCAGAAGAGCCGAUUCAUUUGCUCGUUGACCAUAAGGCUAUUCACCUCAAGAAAAAUGUUCUUAAAUAUUGGGUUAAGUAUUGAAAUCUUCUGUAACAUUUGAAUUCUGUUAUCUUGUGAAGUAAUAGGAUUUUAAAACAUAAAAUAAAAUGAGAAGAUAAAAAAGUAAUUCAUUUACUCCUAAAAUAUGAAAAUAUUAAAAAGGGGUAAUUCUGAAAAUAUUGAUGUUAAAAAAAUAAAAAAAAAAUAAAAAGAAAAAGGAAGAUACAGGAUUCCAAUUUUCAUUCCAUUGCAUACCAAACAAAUUCCUUGGAAUUGUAAGUCAUCUUGUUGUGGAAAUGCUACUCCAUUUUCCGAUUCUUGGUGUAACGAAUAUGCUGUAAAUAACAAAAAUCAUGUCAGGAAAUUAGCUUAUGAUUAUUAGGGUAUUUGUCUUGUACGUACCAUACAGAAUGUCAUCAAAUUUCCAACUAAUGUACGUAUAUCAACAGAAAUCUAACAACUCUCACCACAAGCACAAAUAUGAAAAAGAUGGAACACCUCUUGCUUAUGCUAACAGAACUGUAAAAUAAUUCUUUGCUUUUACCUUUCUGUUUUCUAUUCUUUUAUGUCUGCAUCUCGCGGUUGCCAAGCAUAGACAGUCUCAGCCAGCACAGCAGCCGGCAGAGAAUAAUACCUCGUAAAUUCAGAAUUAACAAAGAGAAAUCUGUCAUUAAUUACAGGCUUGUAUAAGACAUCUUCCUCCUAUAUAUAUUUAUUAUGUUUCCCAUUCUGUUCAUUCAAUCCUUCCACCUUGAUCUCCCUCCUCUUAAUUAACAAUGGCGCUACCUGCAACCUUUUUUUGCAUCAUGUUACUACUAGUAAUUCCUUCUGCACACUCAGUUUCUUUCACCUUCAAUACGUUCUACCCAAACAUGGGAGGAAUAUCUUUCCAAGGCGAUGCGUUCACAUCUAGUGGGGUUCUCCAACUUACAAGAAAUCAGAUAGACAGUAAUCUUACUUACAGUGCUGGUCGUGUUUCCUAUAUUCAACCUGUGCAAAUAUGGGACUCUCAGACAGGAAAACUUACAGACUUUACUUCUCACUUCUCUUUCAUUGUAAAAGAUGUCAAACAUGGCUCAACAUCUUAUGGUGAUGGGAUAACAUUUUUCCUUGCACCAGUUGAUUCUGAAAUCCCUCCUGGAGCAACUGGCGGGUAUCUUGCAUUGUUUAGUCCUGAUACGGCUAUCAAUGGCUCACAGCAGAAUCAAGUUGUUGCAGUCGAAUUCGACUCUUAUCAGAAUCCUUGGGAUCCAACUUUUGAUCACGUAGGGAUCAAUGUUAACUCCAUUUCCUCUGUGGCAAAUGCUCCAUGGAGAAGUGAUAUUCUUAAUGGAGGAAUUGUAAAUGCAUGGGUGAAUUAUGACUCCAAUGCCAAGAACUUGAGUGUUUUCGUGUCUGAUACCCAACAAAACCCAGCCUUCAGAGGGACUUACAGCCUUUCAUAUACUGUUGAUCUGAGAGAAGUGUUGCCUGAAUGGGUUAGAAUUGGUUUCUCUGCUGCAACUGGCGCAGCAGUUGAAAUAAAUAACAUUCUUUCUUGGGAAUUUUAUUCUAGCUUGUAAGAUAAAUGAUGGGAAAGAUAAAAUAAAGAAAUGAAAUGAUAUAAAAUAAAUAAGAAUGAAAAUAAAGUUAAAGGGUGGCUGAUAACCUAGAGAAUUAUGAAAAAUUCUUAGCUCAAUCAGGUCAGUGAAAUGGAUGGCUGUCUUGUGGCUGUUGUCGUAUUAAUAAAAAAAAAAAUUAAUAUAAUGAAAAUCCAAAGCUGAUUUUG